AUGAGUUUUCUAUAUUGUUGAGUGAGACACAGAAUGGGGUAGGAUUUGAGGUUUGGGGAGACUCUAGACUACCUCUGACCUGUCACUCAUGCUCCCACAGAAGUCCGCCGGUGGUUUAGUCCGGCCUGGCCUACCGGACCUGCCCAAGCUCGGUGGGCCGCGGCUCAGCAAGGUUCUUGGUACCGCCUCCUCCCAGCCCGCCGGAGGCUGCCGCGCUUCUGUGGGUGGGGGAAGGCAGAACUGACGCAGAAGGUUUCAGUUCUUUUUCUGCUACCCUCUGCUUUUGAAAACCUCAUUGGGAAAGCUAAUUAAUAUUUUAAAGUGCUGUGAGUAUUCAGUUGGGAAACCUAAUCCAAACACUACCAUGGAUCUCUGAGCAUGAGAAUGGACAGUUCUGGGGACCCUUCUUGGUGAAUUUAUUCUAAAAUCUUUUUCCAUGCUGCAACUACGUGCCCAGCCUGGAAGUAAAGUGACUUUAGACACAGUUCCAGCCUUUCCCAUCAUCCUGGAUCACAUACCUGAUACAGUGAGAAAAGAAAGAUGACAACAGCAACACGACAAGAAGUUCUUGGCCUCUACCGCAGCAUUUUCAGGCUCGCAAGGAAAUGGCAGGCGGCAUCAGGGCAGAUGGAAGAUACCAUUAAGGAGAAAGAGUACAUACUAAAUGAAGCCAGAACACUGUUCCAGAAAAACAAAAAUCUCACAGACACAGACCUGAUUAAGCAAUGUAUCGAUGAAUGUACAGCCAGGAUUGAAAUUGGACUUCAUUACCAGAUUCCUUACCCAAGGCCGAUUCAUCUGCCUCCAAUGGGCCUCACCUCACUACGAGGCCGGGGACUUCGAAGCCAGGAGAAACUGAGAAAACUCUCCAAACCAGUAUAUCUCAAGUCUUAUGAUGAAGUUUCCUAAUUCAGAAGGAAACUCAUUUCUGAGAACAAUGAGCCAUCUUGAUCUUGAAUGUAAACCAGAUGACAAAACCCAUCUCCUUAAUCAGGAGUAAAAAUUCAAGUAUCUUCUUAAGAACCUGUAAGACUGUGUGCUUAUAUAUGCAUAGUGUGUUCAGAGACUUGCUGCCUGAGUGGAUGACAUUAACCUGGAGGCCAGGGCUUUCCUCUCACUGAAAUCAGUGUUGGAAAUACUACUAAGGCCUGUGGGAGGAGGCAUGAAGGUGAUGAAGCUUCUCAUGGGAAUGCUGUUCACCACACAGACCAGCUGAUGCAAACUGCUGAAAGUUCUCAUGGCUGCUGCAAAACUGUGUGUCACCCUUGGAAUGAUUUUAGACAUUUUGUUUUCCAAAUUAAAGAUUGGCUUUUUAGAAGUGUUUUUCCGAGUGUGCAUUUUGGUUUCCUAAACUCCCCUUAAAAGGAGCAUCCGUGAAUUGACCAUGAUUUCUUAGAAUUUCUGUGAGACGCAUUUCUCCCCAUACACAUACACAGAGUUACAUCUGUUAGU